AAGGAAAGAGAACGGGCUAAAACCCUAGCAAUCCCCGCCGUCGCCGUCGCCGUCGGACGAGGCCGCCACUCGCCAUGAGCGCCGCGGGGGGCACCGCCGACUUCUUCUACCGCGAGUCGCAGCGGCUGGGCUAUGUCGCCCGCUCCGCGCUUAAGCUGAUCCAGACGCAGAAGCAGCACAGGCUCAUCACCCCGGGCGCCGCCGUGCUCGACCUCGGCUGCGUCCCCGGCGCGUGGCUUCAGGUAGCAUGUCAGAACCUGGGUCCCCUCGAGAAGGGCGGCGUUGUCGUUGGCGUCGACGUUAAGAAGGUGAAGGUCCCCUCUGCGCACUGCGACUCACGGGUCAGGACGGUCUGUGCAGAUGUCAUGACUAUGAUGAAGCAACAGGCUCGGGCGAUGUCACCACAGGAACGAGGAUUCUCUGUGAUAUUGUCGGACAUGUGUCCAAAAAUUUCGGGAAUCAAAACUAGAGAUGAAGCUAUAUCUUGCGAAUUGGGCAUGCGUGCUCUCUCUUUGGCAAUAGGGAAGAUAAAAGUAAAAGAAUCUGACUACAGUGAUACAAUAGAGAAGUAUCUGAGCUCCACUGAACCUGAUCCUGAUGAGGAUGGCGUUCUUCGUCGUGGAGGCAACCUAGUAUUGAAGUUUCUUGAGAACGAGGAUGUAUCAGGGUUCGGCAAGUUUUGCAAAGUGAAGUUCCAGAAAGUAUCAUUGUUGAGACCCAAAGCGACCCGACCUAGCUCGAGGGAGACCUACAUGAUCUGCGAAGGUUUGCGAUAGAAAUGAGUGCUUCAGAAGGAAAGCGCGACUCCACACCAGGGCAACUCAGUUACCUUGAGCUGGGACAAUUGUUCUGGUGGCAUACUGGCAAUGUUUGACCCUUUGGGGGUGAGAUGCCGCAAAGCCUUGGUGCUACGUUGAAUAACUCUAUCGAAACUGUGCUAUUAGUUUGUGCUAGAAAUACCACAAACAACUUGAAAUCCUAGCUUUCUGUUGGUACAAGCUCGUGUUGCAAAAUACGGUGUAUCCUUUGUAAGGCCGAUUGUCGGUUGUACAUAGCCA